AUGAAAAUUGGCUUCCGUCGAUAUUCUUAUAUGUUUUCAAUUGUUGUAAUAAUUGACGUAUUUUACACAUUGGCUAUCAUCUUUUUCACUAUACCCUAUUUUGAAGGAGGUUUUCAACAAUUUUCAGAGUUUAAUAAAACUUUGCCCUACUUUCAAUGCGGAAUGGAUAAUGCAAGUAUUCUUGCAAGUCUCCUAAUAGCUUUUUUCGAGAUUAUUACAUAUUUAUUAAUGAUAAUUUGUACAAUUGAAAUGGUUAAAUACGUCAAUUCACAUUCUGGAUUUGACGAAAAUUUGAAAAUAAUGGUUAAACAAUUAACAAAAACGUUAAUAAUUCUGUCUGUUGUGCCACUCGUAAAACAUGCCGAAAUUAUUAUACUUAUAUUAAUCAUUCAAACAAACAACAAUACGGCAAACAUUAUUCGAUUAUUUUUUUCUCAUUGGUUUCAUUUUACCCCCGUAUUUAACUCAAUUGUUUGCAUAUUAACAAACAAACCAUAUCGAAAUGCUGUUUUUAAGAAUAUAAAAAUAUUUCCACAAUAA